UGUCGGGGCCGCCGUCGGCGGGGGGCGGCGAUGGGCAGCGUGAGGGGGCCCGGCGGGGCCGCCCUGCGUGCCUUGCUGUCGGUGGCCGCCGGGCUGCUGGCCUGCGGCGUGGCCAGCGAGUACGACUAUGUCAGCUACCAGUCAGACCUGGGCCCUUACCCUGGCGGGCGCUUCUACGCCAAACCCCACCAGUGCGUGGCCAUCCCCGCCGACCUGCGGCUUUGCCACAGCGUGGGCUACGACAAGAUGGUGCUGCCCAACCUGCUGGACCACGAGACCAUGGCCGAGGUGAAGCACCAGGCGAGCAGCUGGGUGCCGCUGCUCAACAAGAAUUGCCACAUGGGCACCCAGGUGUUCCUCUGCUCCCUCUUUGCCCCCGUCUGCCUGGACCGGCCCGUCUACCCCUGCCGCUGGCUCUGCGAGGCCGUGCGCGACUCCUGCGAGCCUGUCAUGCAGUUCUUUGGCUUCUUCUGGCCAGAGAUGCUCAAGUGUGACCAGUUUCCCCAGGAUGACGUCUGCAUUGCCAUGACAGCUCCCAAUGCCACCGAGGUCUCCAGGCCCAAAGGAACGACCGUGUGUCCCCCGUGUGACAAUGAGAUGAAGUCAGAGGCCAUUGUGGAGCACCUGUGUGCCAGCGAGUUUGCUCUUAAGAUGACCAUCAAGGAAGUGAAGAAGGAGAACGGGGACAAGAUGAUCAUUCCACGGAAGAGGAAGGCACUGAAGCUGGGGCCCAUCCGCAAGAAGAACCUGAAGAAGCUGGUGCUGUUCCUAAAAAACGGGGCAGACUGUCCCUGCCAUCAGCUGGACAACCUCAGCCACUACUUCCUCAUCAUGGGCCGCCAGGUGAAGACUCAGUACCUGUUGACAGCUAUCUACAAGUGGGACAAGAAGAACAAAGAGUUCAAGAAGUUCAUGAAGAAGAUGAAGUCCCCCGACUGCCCGACGUUUCCGUCCGUGUUCAAGUGACGUGCUGGGCGGCGGCAGAGCCGCGCCCUGGACCUGCCCCGGCGGGCACGGCCUCGCUGCUCUGCAGCAGGGGUGCUGGAGCCCAGCCCUGCUGCUCCUCAGAGCUCCCUCAGCAUCCUCAGCCCUCCCACAUCCUCGGUCUGAUGGCCUGGGCGCGGUCGCUGAGGUCACUCACCAUUUCCGUCUGUGCAGCCAUUGAAAUAGCAGCUGUCAGGUAAAGAGGGCGAGCACAGGGCUGUGAGGUGAUGGUAAGAGGAAGGAGUUCUUCUUUCUUCAAGUUUCUUGCAGAAAGGACCCUCGUCACCACGUCACUCCCGUCUUCAUGGCUGCAGGAUUGCCCUGAAUUCCUGUAUGAGCCAGAGCUGGCUGAUUAGACACAGAUCCUAUCUUCAUGAUCAAAGUUAAUAAAUGAGUAGUGGAGAACCCAUUACAACCUCUGAUAAGGAUUCCUAAUAGCUAAUUGCCCUCACUGUAAAAAUAUCCCAUUAUAGUCUUAACCUGCUUAGUUUAAGCCUUAACCCUGGUUCCUUGUGGUGCCUUGUUGGGCUGGAGCCCUCUCUCACCAGCAUCUUUGUGCUGUGUCCCUGGGUGCCUGCCUUGGCACCUGCUGUGCCAGCUGAGCCCCUUUGCCCAGUGCUGCACCCAGGCAGCCUUUGAGUCUCUGCACUGUGCCCAGUGUGUUGUGCACUGGCAUGGGGAGCAGGGGCAGAGGGGGCUCUGCCCACACCUGUGCCUUUGGCCUCGUGCAGGCCCCUGUCUCAGCAGUGCCCAGCUGAGAUCCCUCCCUGCCUGUGGCAGUUCCUGUGCACAGGUGGCCUGAGCUGCUGGUGCCCAGACCUGGCACUCCAUUUUAAGCCCAAGCACAGGUUCAGCUGCUGGCCUGCCUGGGGCUUUGGCUGGGUGGAGCCCAUGGCCAGCUUCUCCAGCCUGUGUCACUCCCUCACUUUACCAGUGAUGUUUUUAUAGUUCUUUUAGGCUGCUGGCAAAGUACCAGAGUGCAGAAGGCCAAGGACUUUUCCCUGUGGAGCACCACAGGGAAUGUAUGGUCUCUGUCUUCCCCUCUUUGCUGUGGGACCCAUCAGUCUGGGGUUUUGUCUGUUUGAUCUAUGACAACUUGGCUCUCUAUCAUUAUGUCUUUUUUGCCCUAAUUGAAAUGUCAUGUUUGUAUGAUUUCAAAUAGUUUAUGAAAGACAAAGAAUGUUUUACACAAAUGAUUACAUUUAUCGACCAAGCUGAAAUUCAUUAUUCUGUUAAUUGGACUAGUUCUCUUUUUCAUAGACCCAUACCACUCUGUAUUCAUUAUCCUUCCUCCUUCCAUUCAGUAUUCUCAUCCAUCACCAAUGCUCUGAGAGAAUGAAUAUCUGAUGUCUGAGAUAAUCCUGUUGUAUCACAGUUAAGUGAAAUAACAAAUCCUCAUUUCUGAGGUUUGAACCAAACCCCCUCAAAACUGGUGCAUUAAUUAUUCCUUAGCUUGGGAGUGGUGCUUAUUUCCCACAUGGGGACAGAGCCGUGGACUUGGUUGUAGAAGAAUUCCAUUAACAAGCCAAGUACUCUGAGGAAUGAUGUUUCACAGCUAACAGAGAGAUGGAUUUAGGAUGUGAACUUUGUAGAGUCCCCUUAGGUUGUCUUAGAGCACCAUUUGUAGUAGUGUUGUUUCUUUAUUGCAAAAUUAAUCAUUGUAGAUAAUGUGCUUUAUUAGUGAAGUAAAGAAAUAAAUAAACCAUGGGCUUUAACAUCACAGAUUGGUGAGGUGAAAUGAUGGAGAGGGCUGACAAAUCCAGCCGUGUGGGGAAUGGAGUCAGGACACGAUGAGCUGGAAGUGUGGUUCUCUGUGAGUGCCCACAGUGCCCCUAAAAGCCCCACUGGGACAGGGCAGGACCCUCUGUCACCUUCCUGAGCACAGCACAGCAGAGGGAGUGCUGCUGCUGCUAAAAUUGCCAAAUUAAUCCAUUAAAUACGAUUCCCCCCACCUCCAUUUUUAUCAAGAGAUGCUGUUUCCUGACUCCUUUGUGGAGUCACCAUCCCUGGAAUGCCUCAAGAAAUGACCAGAUGUGGUGGUGUUCAUCCAAGGGCUGGACUCAAUGAUCUUGGAGCUCUUUUCCAACCUUAUUUUUUGCAUGGUUCUGUGAUUGCUUGCUCACUGAAGCAGCAGCAGUGCCCUUCCUGGGAAGCUCCUGCUGCUUCAGCCAGCCCUGGCUGCAGCUGGCAGUGGUUUUAAUCCAAGUGAUCCUUUACCCACCUCUUGGGUGAGGAUCUGCUGAGAAAUUGCUGCAGCCCCAGCUGGGUCUUUAGUGCAGGGGAAGCUUUAAGGGGUAAGGGACAAGUUCUCCCUGCAGGGGAAGCUUUAAGAGCUUGGGGUGAGGGACAAGUUCUCCCUGCUGUGCACUUGGCUGAGACAUUGGCUGCAGCAGUGUGGUCACCACAGGACCAGGUAAGGUCAGUGCUGAGGAGCUGCUGCUUGGGGUCUCCUGUUCCCAGCUCAGAGCUGGUGCCUGGGCUCAAUCUGGCUCUGCUUUUUGUGUCCCUGCAUUCCACUGCUGGUUUGUCUGUGGUCAUUGAGCAAAGGGAGAGCAUCAGGUCGGUUUGAAGAGAUGCAGGAAGCCAGGCGUGGUUGCUGAAAAUUUACAGAAUCAAUUCUUUUCCUGGCAACUCCUGAAGGAUUUUUUGGUCAUGUAAAAAGUGAGACUUGCAGUUCAACUGCAUGUGGGUGCCUUUGGUGUCUUUAGAUUUCCUGUACUGCUCUCCAACAAGAAAAGUUUAUUAAAACCUGGAGAAAGUUUAUUAAAACUAUGGAGAAAGUACCCAAGAUCCUGGGUUGUGCUUGUGUGGAGCCAUGUGGAGCAAAGAGAUGUUUACUGACAUGAGAAAGCACAAAAGUCUCCUGAAAUCAGGCACCAUGUGUCUGGUGUAGUGUUCCCAGAGCAGAGAUGGGUGUUUGUGCAGUUCAUGGACACACUUUGCAUUUUAAAAUGUCGGAUGCUGAUUGUUACAAUGAGUUCUGGUUUAAGUUACAAGCAUGUGUGUAAGUGCUCAGUCAUACUUUGUGCUGGGAGACACCCCCAGUUUUGCCCUGCUGAGGGCUGUGGGGUGUCUGUGGGACAGUGAUGUGCCACUCUGGGACUCUCAGGCUUGCUACAGCCUGGGCUUGUCUGAACUAUGAACCUUAAACCCUAAAAUAAAAUAUCAUCCUUUUGUGACUCAGUC